UCCUCAGAUGCAUGCAUGAUUCGCAUAAAAGUACUGAAAAUCUAUAGUAUACGUGACAUGAACUAUAAAUUUCCAGCACUUAAACUGAACGCACCUCUCGUUUACAAGAAUGACUAAGCAAAUUUAUUGGAAAAGCGCAAAAGACAGAGGAAUUCAAGCGUUUUCACGACUAUUUUACUCUUGGUCGUGAAAAGUUAUCAAAGCAGGGUAUGGAUGGGAAGAGAUCUAUUAAAAUGGAUCCCUUGUCACCUGGCCCGUGUCUUGAUAUCAGUGAUGAUGAGCUGGUUACAAUAUCAGUACGAGAUUUGAACAGACAAUUGAAACUGCGUGGACUGUCCAGGGAAGAAAUUGUGCGUAUGAAACAGCGAAGACGCACAUUGAAGAAUAGAGGAUAUGCAGCUAGCUGUCGUAUAAAACGUAUCGAACAAAAAGAUGAGCUAGAAUCUGAAAAGACUCAAGAAUACCGAGAUAUGGAAGCUAUGCAAGACGACAACAAUCGUAUGAGGGAGGAAAUAGACUCCUGGCAUUCGAAAUAUCAUGCAUUAAAAAAGUUUGCUCAAGAAAAAAAAAUCAUUAUUCCACCUGAAUUGGAGGCUAUAUAAACUUUAUAUAUAU